AUGUUUCAAUCCACACAUUCCACACUGACUAAGUUCAUUGGAUACUUCAGGAAAAUGUUGGAGACGUUUUUUCCGAUCGAAAAGGAUCAGUUUGUGUGUAUCUUCAUCGAUCGUGACCCAACUCACUUCCAAGUCAUUCUCAAUUUCAUGAGAGACGGUGACGUGGAUCUUCCUGAUUCCCAAGAUGCGGUGAAGAAAAUUUCAAGAGAAGCAAACUUUUAUUUGUUGGAGGGACUAGUGGAACUGUGCAACCGUAAAUUGAACGUUCCGGAACCUGAAAACGUUUCAAAAAUGAGAUUUUUGGAGUCAGAUGAUGAUGUUCUUCGAGCAAUUGCUUAUCCGGAGAAAGUUUGUAAACCAUGGGAUAGAGAUAAUGAUCGUCUUUUCGAUAUUUUUGAGUUUCUGAAAAAAUACGAAACGGAGUUCGAUAUUUAUUUCCGAAAGCGAAAGCGCGAUCCCGAAGAUAACGAUGACUGGAUGUUCUGUAUUUACUACAAAAAUCGAAGUGUAGCUGAUCAAAGCUUGCCCAGUUCUUCCCAACAUUUCGAUACAGAAAUACAACAAUGUAUUGAAAAAAUUGAGCGCCUCGAGAGUUCUGAUGAUUACUAA